AAAAACCCAACGGCUACCAGUGCGCUCUUUUCUUUCUGUCUCCCUUUUGCUCCAAUCUCGGCUACAUUGUCGUGAAUUUCCAAACCCAAAAUAAUCUCACUCCAAAUUAGUAACCAAAGCAAAACCAAUUAAAAAUGGUGCAAAUUUCUAAUAUUGGAUAUUUUACCUGUUAAAUAUCUAUUAGCUGAUUAAUUGCCAUCUGGCUAUCUCUAAUUUUCCCAUUUAACCUCUCAAAUCUCUUUCUUUCUCCCUUGAUUCUUCCCUUUUUUCCUGGUAAGAAUCCAUAUUUUACUUUUUUCAUUGAAAACUUUGAAAUUUUUUUUUUGUUAUUUUGCAUUGUAUGAAUAUCAUUUGACAACUUCUGAUUAUUUGAGCUUGUGGGGUUGUUUGUGAAUUUGAUUUUUCAGUCUUCAAUUGGUUGAUUCUGGGUUGUUUGUGAAGACUUUAAAUGUUUGAUCAAACGAAAGAGAGGUAAUUAAAGGCUACGGAUCGAAUCUUUUUUUGUAUUGAAAGAAAUCAUUCAUGCCAUAAGAAUUUGACCUUUUCCCCUUGUUUGCUUCCUCUUUAUGUGAAUUCUUUUGUAUAUUUGUUUGAAGAUUGUUUAUAUGGUCGAUCUUUAAGAAACUUGGCUGAUACAUUUUCAGCCUUUGCCAAUUUAAUUGGCUGUUCUAGGCUAGAUUUUGUAAAGUUCUACAUACACAUUUAAAAGGAAAAAAAACAAAAAGAAAAAAAAAAAAAAAGGGUUCUGAGUUUACAAUUAAGAGGGGAUUAAGGAAAAUGUCAGCUGGUGUUGGUGUUGCCUUGAGUCCCAUCUUUGAAGAUAAGGUACAUUUUCCUGGUUAUUUAGAUAACCGUGUGGAUUUGUACUCAAGUGAAUCAAUCUUGAUAUAUCUAAGUGUAGCCGGGUCAGUGAUUCCUAUUCGGGUUUUGGAGUCCGAUUCGAUUGCAUCUGUAAAACUCAGGAUCCAAACAUGUAAAGGGUUUGUAGUUAAGAAGCAAAAACUUGUGUAUGGAGGUAGAGAAUUGGCUAGGAAGGAUACCCUUGUUAAGGACUAUGGAGUCAGUGGUGGGGAUGUCCUUCAUUUGGUCCUUAAGCUUUCUGAUCUCUUGGCCAUCAUAGUUAGCACAAUGUGUGGCCAGGAAUUCGAAUUGCAAGUUGAUAGGUAUCGAAAUGUCGGGUACCUUAGGCAAAGAAUCUUUAAGGAAGCUAAAGGUGUUGUGGAUCUUAAGGAUCAAGAACUAUUUUGUCAUGGUGAAAAGCUUGAUGAUCAGAGAUUAAUUAAUGAUAUUUCUAAGAACAAUGAUGGUGUAAUUCAUUUGCUCAUUAAGAAAUCUGCCAAAGUUAGGGCCAUCCCCAUCGAAAAAGAUGUUGAACUUUCGGUUGUUGCAUCGGAUAUUAGGCCAAAGGAUGAAAGAGAUGAAUGUGAGAAACAAUCUAGUGAGCUGUGUGUUGUAUCCGAGAAGCUUCCUGAUAAAGAUUUUUUGUUAGAAUCAGUCAUUGUUAAUCCCAAAAUUAGGUUGCCAUCAGCUUUAUGGGAUAUGAUAAAGUCAGCAUGUGAUGGCUUGAAUAAGGGUAACCUACCAAUCCGAUCCACUGAAGGUACGGGAGGAGCCUAUUUUAUGCUAGAUCCCUCAGGUCAAAAAAUUUUAGCUGUAUUUAAGCCCACUGAUGAGGAGCCUAAAGCUGUCAAUAAUCCACAAGGCCUUCCAAUAUCAGAAGACGGGGAAGGUUUGAAAAAGGGAACGAGAGUAGGAGAAGGAGCAUUGAGAGAAGUCGCAGCUUACCUUCUUGAUCAUCGUAUGAAUGGUCCUCGCUCAUCAUCCGAUGAUGUGAUAGGAUUUUCUGGGGCGCCCCCGACUGCUAUGGUUCGGUGUUUGCACAAGGGAUUCAAUCAUCCAGAAGGAUAUGAAGGCACACUGAAAAAUGUAAAGAUUGGAUCAUUGCAAAUGUUUAGGGAGAAUGAUGGUAAUUGUGAGGACAUUGGUCCUCAGGCUUUCCCAGUGGAAGAGGUUCACAAGAUCAGUGUGCUUGACAUCAGGUUGGCCAACGCAGAUAGACAUGCUGGAAACAUUCUUUACAAGAAAAACUCCGAUACCGGCCAAAUUGAGCUUUUCCCAAUUGAUCAUGGCUACUGCCUGCCUGACAGUUUUGAGGAAUGCACAUUUGAUUGGUUAUACUGGCCACAGGCCCAUCAACCCUUUUCCUCUGAGACCCUCAACUACAUAAAAUUACUUGAUGCAGAAAAAGACCUCGAUUGGUUGAAGUUCAAUGGAUGGAAAGUACCCAUCGAGGCUGCUCGUACAUUACGCAUCUCCACAAUGUUAUUGAAGAAGGGAGCGGAGAAAGGUUUGACCCCUUUUGCCAUUGGAAACAUUAUGUGCCGGGAAACACUGAAUGACCCAUCCAUGAUUGAAGAAAUUGUUAGCGAAGCGCAACAGUCUCUUCUUCCUGGAAUGAGUGAAGAAGAUUUUCUUGAAGCUGUUUCUUGUAUCAUGGAUUUCCAUCUAGCCAAGGUGAAUUAACAACCAAGAUGGUGAUAUAAAAAUAUGGUCAUAUUAUCUACUAUGUAUCUUUUAUAAAUUGUAUUUUUGUAUAGUCCGAAAAGUGAAGCAGUCCAGUUUUGGAGGACUGAUUACAACCUGCGCAUUAUGGAAAUGUCGAGGUUCUUUCUCGCUCUUUUGUUGCUUCAGUUCUUUGAAGUGAUUAAUAUUGUAAAAAUUGUAUCGGAGAACUGAGAACAGAAGAAUAACAUUAUGAAAUAAAACCACUGCCUCACAUACAUAUUUUAAGCUUGA